UAAUAUAAAUGCUAAUGUGAAUAUUGGUAUAAAUUCUGGCACAAUUAUAAGUAGUGAUGUAAACAUCGAUAUAAACUCUAGUAUAGAUGCUGAUAUGAACUUUGAUGCUACUAUGAACUUUAGUGUAGAUGCUGUUAUGAACUUUGAUGAGAAAGCUGUUAUGAACUUUGGUGCAGAUGCUUUUAUGAACUUUGAUGAGGAAGCUGCUAUGAACUUAACUUUGGACUCAGCAAUUUGGGCGGUAGCAGCUUCGGGAACAACAGCUUGA